AUGCGCAAGAAGACAGUCCAUCUGGAACGAUGCGAGCAGUGCAGGGUCGAGCAAGAUGGCAUUUGCCUGACUUCGAAUCAAGGCUUUGCAUCAGAUCAUAAGGCGACGCCUAAUAUUGCGACUUCUCUGGAGAUCAGCCUGGAGAACGCGCUCUCUGCCCAUUCCAAACACUCCAUUCGACAGUCUCUUUGCAGUACUGAACCGACCAGCCCUCGCGCCAUAUACAGAGCGACCUUGGCCUUGUCAGGCAUGACAUGUAGCUCAUGUGUCAGCGGUAUGACCCACGCCCUGAAACAGCUGUCCGUGGUGCAUACGGUCAACGUCAACCUGCUUACGAACAGCGGUGUGGUUGUGUUUGAGGGGAAGGACAACAUCGAAGAAGUUACAAGCACGAUCGAAGACUGCGGGUUUGAAGCCAGUGUUGAGAAGCUUGAGGAGGUCUCAGCCGCCGCCCCGGAACCUAAACCUGCAAAGCAGGAACCGUCAAACAGAUGGCGAGCCAUCUAUGCGAUCGGUGGGAUGACGUGUGGCUCUUGUGUUGGUCAUGUCACUAAUACAUUGAAGCCACACUCCUGGGUUCACCAGGUGGAUGUCAAUCUUCUCGGCAACAGCGCCACGGUCAUCUUCGAAGGUAAAGAGCAUCUAGCGAGUAUCAUGGAGAACAUCGAAGAUGCUGGCUACACGGCUACACUUGAAAGCGUCAGCGCGUCAGACACCGUAGCCGAAGAUACUCCCAUCCGGGCUGUAUCGGUUCAGAUUGAUGGGAUGUUCUGUGAUCACUGUCCUGGUAACAUCAUAGGAAACAUCAGAGACAGGUUCGCAGGAAGCGUCUCUAUCAAAGAGCCACCGUUGUCGUUGGCGUCGCCGAUUUUGCACAUCGAAUACCUUCCGAACCCCCUAAGCUUCACCAUCAGGCAAAUCUUCGACACGAUCAUAGGCACUAACCCGGCUUUCAAGCCAUCGGUCUACCAUCCACCUACAAUCGAGGAACGAGCCAAGACCAUGCAUAUGGCAGAGCGAAGGCGGACAUUACGCCACUUGAUCGUCUGCCUUUUGGUUGCCAUCCCAACGUUCAUACUUGGAAUUGUCUUCAUGAGCUUGGUACCAGUCAACAAUCAUGUCCGUCAAUACAUCAUGGAACCUAUGGUUGGCAAUGCCACCCGACUCGGCUGGGCGCUCUUCAUUCUUUCCAUUCCGAUCUACGUCUACUCAGCCAAGUCAUUUCAUAUCCGCGCCUUCAAAGAAAUGAGAGCAAUGUGGCGACCAGGCAGUCGGACUCCCAUAUGGCAACGAUUUACGCACUUUGGGAGCAUGAACAUGCUCAUGUCGCUCGGCACAACGAUAGCUUUCUUCGCUUCUAUCGUGGAGCUAGCUUUGGCAGCGACGAAAAGAUCAUCCGGUUCUAUGGACAACUCCUACUUCGAUGCUGUGGUUUUUCUGACCAUGUUCCUACUUAUUGGGCGCUUCCUAGAGGCUCUCAGCAAGGCCAAGGCCGGAGAUGCCGUAAUCUCGUUGGGUGCAUUAAGACCAGAUGAGGCCGUCUUGGUCGAUCCAACUACUGGCGAUGUGAGGGUAUCAACAGACCUCCUCGAAGUUGGUGACGUGGUUCGUGUCCACCAGGGCACCUCCCCACCAUUCGACGGGAUCAUCCUAGACGGCAGCUCCAGCUUUGACGAGUCAAGUCUUACUGGCGAGUCACAUCUCGUCAGAAAAGAUGUUGGCGACUACAUAUAUUCGGGCACUGUCAACAAAGCAGCUCCGGUCAGAAUGAAGGUCACCACAGUCUCAGGCACUUCGAUGCUAGACCAGAUCGUCAACGCCGUCCGAGAAGGACAGACUCGUCGCGCUCCCGUCGAGAGGGUAGCUGAUACUAUCACCACUCAUUUCGUGCCAUUUGUCAUCCUAGUUGCCAUAGUGACUUGGACCAUCUGGCUCAUCCUUGGUACAACGGGCGCGAUACCAAAAGAUUGGAGAGACGAAGAGGCUGGAGGCUGGGCUCUCUGGUCAUUGAGGUUUGCCAUUGCUGUCUUCGUCAUUGCAUGUCCUUGUGGGAUCGGACUCGCAGCCCCAACUGCGCUUUUCGUCGGUGGCGGAUUGGCAGCAAAACAUGGCAUACUUGUAAGAGGUGGCGGUGAAGCGUUUCAGGAAGCCAGCUCGCUCGACUGCAUCGUAUUCGACAAGACGGGCACCCUGACUCAGGGCGGCAGUCCUGCAGUUACCGAUCACAGAUUUGUCAAUGGGCAGGAUGAAUCGCUCACUCUCAGUGUUGUCAAAGUUCUGGAAGAGAACAGUGGUCAUUCUAUUGCUCAAGCACUAGUAACCUUUUGCAAUAAGGGCGUUCUCAGCACACCGAACAUGGUCUCCGUGGACGAGAUCCCUGGGAAAGGGCUGAAAGGGACACUCAAUGUCGACGAAAACAGUUUGGCCGCCAUCAUUGGCAACGAAGGCCUCAUGGCCGACCACGAUGUCCCGAUAUCUCCAGAUACGAUGACCACUUUAGAUUCUUGGAAAGCUCGUGGAGAGUCUGUAGCGUUGGCGGCAAUAAUGUCAGCCUCCACGCAGAAUACAUGGCAGCUUGCUAGUGUGUUCUCCAUCUCUGAUCCACUUCGACCAGAGGCAACCGGUGUCAUCAGUGCUCUGAAGCAGCGAGGCAUUGAUGUGUGGAUGCUCUCAGGCGACAACCCUACCACAGCGAAUGCCGUUGGAGCUCAAGUUGGAAUUCCUGCUACCAACAUCAUCGCAGGUGUGCUCCCAGACGAGAAGGCCAAGAAGAUUGAAUACCUACAGCAGACACUCACAAAGUCACGAAAGUCGAGGCUGUUUCGCCUGCCGUCCCUAUUUUGCAAGGAGGGAAAGGAGAAACGUGCCACCAUCGCAAUGGUAGGAGAUGGCAUCAAUGACGCACCCGCACUCAGCACUGCAGAUCUCAGCAUCGCCAUUGGAAGUGGUUCAGACAUUGCGCUCUUGUCGUCCUCAUUCAUCCUCAUCAACAGCCAGCUCACCACGAUCCUCACUCUUCUCGACCUCUCACGCGUCGUGUUUCGGAGGGUCUACUUCAACUUCGGCUGGGCUACUGUAUACAAUCUCGUUGCUAUGCCGAUUGCUGCUGGUGUCUUAUAUCCUAUCACCACGGGAGGGAAAAGGGAUGGUCAUGGUAUGCAGAGCGGUGGGAAGCAUGUCAGAUUGGACCCUGUAUGGGCAUCGUUGGCCAUGGCACUUAGCAGUUUGAGCGUGGUGUGUAGCAGUCUUGCUUUGCAGAGUCGGAUUCCUUGGUUUGGCUUCAAGGCUAGGAAAGAGGAGGAGAUGGUAGGCAACAAAGAUGAAGGGGAUGACGCCACACAGAUUGUGUGA